AGAGCGGAAGCGGCGGCAGGAGGAGGCGGGCUGAGGGUGCUCGGCACCGGGAGGAGGAGGAGGAUGGCGGCGGGGAUGGUAGCGGCGCGCUAGCAGGAGGCGGCGCGGACACGCUUGAAUGUGGUCUCCGGUCCCUGAAUGACCCGGCCCCGAGAUCUAAUAAUACAAUGUCAACUGGAAGGGUACGAACAAAAAAAAAGGCAUGUUCUGCCGACCAGUCUCCAGACAACCUUCCUCUGAGGAGUUCUGGAAGACAGGUGAAGAAGAAAGCGGCUGAAGCAGCAGAUGAUGAUGAUGAAGCAUCGGAGAAGAAAUACAGAAAGUGUGAAAAAGCUGGAUGCACUGCAACAUGUCCUGUUUGCUUUGCAAGUGCAGCUGAAAGAUGUGCUAAAAAUGGAUAUACAUCUAGAUGGUAUCAUCUUUCCUGUGGGGAACACUUCUGCAAUGAAUGUUUUGACCACUAUUACCGAAGCCAUAAAGAUGGUUAUGAGAAAUACACUGCCUGGAAAAGGAUUUGGACAAGUAAUGGUAAAAGUGAGCCCAGUCCAAAAGCCUUCAUGGCUGAUCAACAGCUUCCAUACUGGGUGCAGUGCACAAAGUCAGACUGUGGUAAAUGGCGUCAGCUGACAAAGGAAAUCCAGCUGACACCACAAAUAGCAAAAACCUACAGAUGUGGUAUGAAACUGAACAAUUCCACCAAGGGUGAGGGCUCAGACCAGUGUUCCAUGCCUGAGGACUUGAGAGUGGCUGAAGUUUCAGACCAUUGGUGGUACUCCAUGCUCAUACUCCCUCCCUUGCUGAAAGACAGUGUGGCAGCUCCCUUUCUAGCUGCAUAUUAUCCCGACUGCGUGGGCAUGAGUCCAUCCUGUACCAGCACCAAUCGGUUACCUGGUGAAUCCAACAUUGUGAAGUUAGAGCACUUAAAGAGCGUGCCUAAUUUGACUGUUGCAGGCAUGAACAAGUAUUUCCAGCCUUUUUACCAGCCCAAUGAAUGUGGGAAAGCACUUUGUGUGAGGCCAGAUGUUAUGGAAUUGGAUGAGCUCUAUGAGUUCCCAGAAUAUUCACGAGACCCCACCAUGUACUUGGCUUUGAGAAACCUGAUUUUGGCUCUGUGGUAUACAAACUGUAAGGAGGCUCUUACCCCUCAAAAAUGUAUCCAUCACAUCAUUGUUCGGGGGCUUGUGCGUAUUCGCUGUGUACAUGAAAUGGAGAGGAUACUUUAUUUUAUGACAAGGAAAGGGCUAAUUAAUACAGGGAUUUUGUCAGUCAGUCCCGACCAGUAUCUUCUUCCUAAAGAAUACCACAACAAAUCUGUCAUUAUUGUUGGGGCUGGUGCAGCAGGAUUAGCAGCAGCCCGGCAGCUGCACAACUUUGGAAUUAAGGUCAUUAUCCUGGAAGCUAAAGACCGAAUUGGUGGCCGAGUGUGGGAUGACAAGACAUUCAAAGGAGUCACUGUUGGAAGAGGUGCACAAAUCGUCAAUGGAUGUGUCAACAACCCAAUGGCACUAAUGUGUGAGCAACUUGGCAUUAAAAUGCACAAACUAGGGGAGAAAUGUGACUUGAUCCAAGAAGGUGGAAGAAUAACAGAUCCCACCAUUGAUAAACGUAUGGACUUUCAUUUCAAUGCCAUCCUAGAUGUCGUCUCUGAGUGGAGAAAAGAUAAAACUCAACAUCAAGAUGUUCCUCUUGGUGAAAAGAUACAAGAGAUCUAUAAAGCCUUUAUUCAGGAGUCUGGUAUCCAGUUCAGUGAGCUUGAAGAAAAAGUAUUGCAGUUCCAUCUCAGUAAUUUGGAGUAUGCCUGUGGCAGCAACCUCUCUCAGGUAUCUGCACGCUCAUGGGACCACAAUGAAUUUUUUGCACAGUUUGCUGGAGAUCACACUCUUCUAACUGUGGGAUAUUCUACUGUGAUUGAUAAAUUGGCAGAAGGGCUGGACAUCCGGCUGAAUCUCCCAGUACAGACUAUUGACUAUUCUGGUGAGGAAGUACAGGUGACUACUGCAGAUGGAACAGUGUGGACAACACAAAAGGUAUUGGUGACUGUACCACUGGCCCUUCUUCAGAAAAACGCCAUUCAGUUUAAUCCUCCACUGUCAGAAAAAAAAAUUAAAGCCAUUAAUAGUUUAGGAGCAGGAGUCAUUGAGAAGAUUGCCUUGCAGUUUCCCUACAGAUUCUGGGACAGUAAAAUUCAAGGAGCUGAUUUUUUUGGUCAUGUUCCACCCAAUUCCAGCCAGCGUGGGCUCUUCAGCGUUUUCUAUGACAUGGAUCCAGAGGGGAAAGAAAGCAUUUUAAUGUCAGUGGUCACUGGAGAUGCUGUGGCAAACAUUAAGAAUUUAGAUGAUAAACAAGUACUACAACAGUGUAUGACUGUACUUCGAGAGCUGUUUAAGGAGCAGGAGGUUCCUGACCCAGUGAAGUUUUUUGUUACUCAGUGGAGCAAAGACCCUUGGCUCCAGAUGGCAUAUAGCUUUGUGAAAACAGGGGGCAGCGGUGAAGCUUACGACAUUAUAGCUGAAGACAUACAAGGAAAAAUAUUUUUUGCUGGCGAGGCCACAAAUAGGCACUUUCCUCAGACCGUCACAGGAGCUUACCUGAGUGGAGUUCGAGAAGCGAGCAAAAUAGCAGCAUUUUAAGUACUGAAAUUUUGUGUUUAUAGAUAUAUUUUUACUUGUUUUCUGUGGGUAGAACUAUCUUCAAGUUUCCUAUUGCUGCCUUUUCCCUAAGUGGUACUUAAAUAGUGUAUGGUACCUGAAGAUAAAAUCUUCAUCUUCCUUUUCCUCUUUCUCCCUAGCCCUCUCACUUCCCCUCCUUCUAAGCCCUGAUAUUAAUAGGGAUUCUAAGGUAUUACUGGCAAGAGUGACACUGGAAUCCCUAGCCACAACUUAACUAAUGGAACUUUUAUUAAGCGUCCUCUUCUGUACAGCUUGAGUCAUGCUAUUAUGAACCUUCAUUUCAGAAGGUCAGAUUAAAACCAAGUUAAUAUACAACAUUAAAAAUGCUAGCAGUUAGUAGUCAUAAGACUUUUCUGCUAACUGUGCUUCUCAGGUUGAUUAUGCUCAUAGGGGUUCCAGUUUCCUCCCCAAAGCCUGAAGAACCUAGACAAAUUCUAGAAUUAUUGUAGGAAGGAACUCAACUUUUUCCACUUGGAAUCAAUAACCUUUUCUAUAAUAUUUUUCAUAUUCUUAGCCUCCAAAAAGUGGGCUUUGGAGUAUCAAGUUUGUUCCUUUAAAUCAGAUGGCUGGAACAGUUUACAGUGCAAUCAUACAAAGGUUAUUGUAGCUAAUAGAACUCGAAAAAUUAACAUUUACUUUACAGAAAUUUAAAGUAUUCUUUCUGCUACUUAUUCAGAUAAAUU